AUGUUUCAUUCAUUAUUAUUCAAUAUCAUUGUGUUACAUUUGAUCAUACUUGUUUCAAUACAAGUUGAUGGUAAAAGACAGAAGCUACAUAGUUUCGGAAAUCCAGAGGUCAUUUUAUCAAAUAUAAAAGUUAACUUAGGCGAAUUCGCAUUGAGUCUACAUCAUGCAGAUUAUCAAGUAAAGCAAGAAAUAGAUAGACUUCUCCGAUUAUAUUCAAUUGAUGAAAAAGUAUUCACUAAAUAUAUUAAAUGCUUUGAUUUAUCAGCACUUUUAAUUUAUAAAUCUAAUUUUGGACAAGAAGCAAACGUCGCAAAAUCUUCAAGUCGCUAUAAAUGUUUGCAAAAGGAACUAAAAAAAUCCAAAAAAAAGGCGGCUAAGCGCAGCGGAAUGGAAUGUAAAAUCCCUGAAGGACUUCAAUACAAUGACAUGAAAACUUUAAUUGAGUUGAGUAGAAAUAAAUACAAAAUUAUCAACAGUUACAACGAAAAUUUGUGUAAGUAA